AUGGUCGUCUUGGAAGAUCAGUUCAAGAGUUUGGGUCUUUCUAACGAGCCUAAGCGCCAGGGUGCUGGAGAGUUCUCUUUAAGAUUCAAUGAAGAAAAAGUCUUUGAAAUCUUGGAAAGUUAUUCAAUGGAAACAAAGGAUGCUUUAGGGGCUUUGAAUAAGUUGAUUUUGAUUCAAAGAACUGUUGAUCCUGUUGUUGAUACUUCGAAGGAUAUAGAUGGUGAGAUCAGAUCUUUGGUUGAUCAAGUCACGCCUUUCAUUAGAACUUUAGACCUUGAUACUCUAUCAAAAUUUGAAUCUGAAGAUGUCAUUGGGUUUUUGGAAGUUAUAUCUUUGAUGAUUGCAAAUUUUACUGUUAAUGAUUUCAUCAAAACUGAAAUUGAUUCAUCUCUCAUUGACAAGAUGCUGACUAUUUACUUAUCAGUUUUGGAAACUUUAAGAUUUGGAAAAUUCAAAGGCCAUAGCUAUUUACUCACUAGAACUUCAUUAAUCAGCCCUUUAUUGAUUACCAUUUCAUUUUCCUUCAAGUUGAAGUCUACGGAAAGCUCAACUCUGAUCAAAAUUAUAGCAGCAUUGUUUACUUUACUUAUGACCAGGCAAUCACUUUUUGAUCCGGUUGUUAAACUAUUUGCAAUGAACUCUACAACAAAUAUUGAAAUGUUUCAAGUUUUCAAUAAGUUGUGGGAAAGAACUUUAGAGAUCCCAGCUGAUUCACAACUUGACACUAAACAAUCACCAGGGCCAAUUUCAAUAAUUAAUAGAAUCAACGCUUUGAGCAAUUACGAACUUUCAUCAGGUAUCAUUAACCAAGUUUUCCCAUUUAUCCCAAGUCAAUAUAUAUAUCAGCUUUCUCAAAGCUCAUUGAAGGCACAUACGGUUUUAUCAAACAUUAAAUUAGGAAAGGAAGUAUCCAGUAACAUUACUGAGUUACUGGGGUUUGUUUUGGACGAUUUAAAUACAGAAGUUCUUUUGACAAUGAUUGAUACGUUAGAUGCCACUGAGCUCUUAUUGCAAUGUUUUGAAGAAGAACAAUACAAAUCACAACUAGGUUAUGUUUUUGCCAAAAUCUCACAAUUAUCAGAUUUUAAUAUUCAUGGCUCGGUUUCAAGAAAAUUGAUUCCAAAAAUUUUAACCAGAGAUGUCUUGUUUGAACUUGAGUCAUCUGAAAAUGAAAGAUAUAAAGUCCUUUUUGAGCUGUUAGAUCAUAAUCCAAAAAUUGACUUUCACUCAGACUUUUCUAUGGUUUUUGCCAUUGAAGCUGCACUUUCUUUGAUUGACAGAGACUUUGAUCUUCAAAAAGAUUUUUUAAUUUUAUCAAAUUUAGGCUCUUCGGUUAAUUUGCCUGCACUCUUUGUUUAUUCUGGAUUUCUGUUAUCCAAUGCUUUGUUAAAGUUUGCCAAUCCAACAAAGUCACUUCCACAUUUUCUUGAUGAAAUUAUGCAGUUGAAAAGGUUUCCACCUUUACCAAAAUCAGAGUUUUUCGAUUUCAGUCACAUUUUCCUUUCCAAAUCACAACAGAAUUUGAAAAAUCCAAGAAUUGUUACAAAUGCCUUAUUUCAUUGUCUUUCUAUUUUGCACAAGAUUGUUACUGGAUUUUGUGAAGUUAAAGAUUGGGUUCAUCCUAUACAAAAUGUGAACGAUACAGAUAAUGAUUUGGAAUAUCAGGCUACUGAUAAAUUUUUGUUCCUCAACUACAGUGCAUUUUUUGGGGUGUUGCAUACCGUUAAUGAACUCUUACAGAAAUCAACUGGAUACUAUAAUAAUGAUCAUUUUUCUUCAAUGUUUUAUGAUCUUUCAUCAAUUGGGAAUACUUUAAAGCUUCAGACUUUCCAACUCUUUGAGGACUUGUUUCAAUUUUAUGAUACAUUUGCUUUUUACAAGUUGGUAAAAUUUAUUAUGAAAGUUAGCAUGACAGAUUUGGAAUUACAAAAGUUUUCAAUCAAAAUUUUGAACCAUCUAGUCUUUCAUUCUAAUAAUGGAAUCAAAGACUCAAUCAAGGACAAUGAGCUCAUAUUGAAGCUUCUUGAACAAUAUGUCACACUUUGGAAUGAUGGUUCUACUGAGUAUAAACAAUUUGAAAACUUCUUAGGAAUUGAACAAACCUCUUCUGAGACGGUGAUUUUUGAUACAAUAAGUCAUUUAAAGUUUUUGGGAUUUUCUGAUGUUGGUAUUGCAAGCUUAUCGCCAGCAACUUCAAGUUCAGGAUCAUCAAUUCACAAUUAUAGUUACACAAAUAAUUCCAAUAACUUUAGUGGCAUACAAACGAACCUUUCAACUCCAAAUAAUAGUUUUGGUUUUAUUUCAGCAUCUGGAUGGAAACAACAACCAUUAGAUAAUGCUUCUGGUUAUUUCAAUAUAAAUUCAAACAUGCUAAAUAAUAACAACCAAAUCGGAUUCAGUGGUUCAAAUACGCCAGUAUCAACAGGAGUUAUGGAUUAUACUACUUACAGAACUAGUAACAUUCGUAAUGUCCAAUCAUUCAUUCCUCAACAACAACAACAACAACAAUAUAACAAUGGUUUGAAUAAUAACAGGGCUCAAUCAGUUCACGUUGAUCAAUUUGGAAAAUGA